AAACCAAAUCAGUAACUAAAAAAAAAAACAAACAAGAUGCCACCGCGAAGAAAGGCAAAAAUCAACAAAUAUAUUGACUACGAUCUGGAGAGAAAUCAAUCACAAUGUUUAUUUGAUGAUUGUGGCAUGACUUUAUCUGGUAGAAGACCAGCAAACAUAAAAAGGCAUUAUAAGAUGCGUCAUAAAAUAGAUCUAGAUGUCGAUGAAAAUGGUGAUUGUAGUGAAAACAAAUCGAUAUCACCAAAAUCAAAAAAACAAAAAGUUUCUCAUAACAUCUCAGUUGACAAUACCAAAAAUACUCAUGAUGAUGAACUAGAAAUAGAAACUCAUUCCGAUGAAGAGUUGAUACAAAUCAAAAUAGAAGAUACAUGCACUGUCUCAAAUGAAACUUACGAUAGUAUUACAAUGGGCAGAAAGGACUUUAUACAGUCCUGUGUUGGCCUAGUGGCAUUCACAAAUAUUCCAAUCCAAGUAUUUGAUGAGAAUGAAUAUUUCAAAAAGCUCAUAAAACCUUAUGAGAAGAAAUUUGCUAUCAACAUUAAUUCACAAAAUAUCAAUCUUAUGAUUGGGAAAGUUAACCAAGAAGUUAAAGAAAUAUUAACGAAACAAAUUGAUAAAAUCAUGAUUUGCUUGAAAUUGGAAUUGGUUUCCAAAGUAGAAAAUGCUUUUUCAAGAACUCGCAACAUUUUGAUUGUUAGUAUUCAAUACGUGAAGGAUUUUAAAAUAUGCACCAACAUUAUCGGUAUGUUUAAAAUGAUAUAUCACACAGUUGAUCCCGUCGCUGAAGAGAUAUACAAGUGUAUAAAAGAUUUGAGCAUCGAUAAAGUACAAUUAUAUACAAAUACAACAAUUGAUAACGAUUGGAGUAUGCUCCCAACAAUGAAACAAUUACUUAAUGAAAUAAAAAUAUACAUUUAUUUUAUGGAAAAAGAAAUACAAGAAAUCAAAUCAAAAAUUGCUGAUUCAUUCUGGUUUUUGCCGGUAAUUCCAUGUCCUGCGCGUACACUACAAUUAGCUGCAAACGAAGUUAUCAAAACUCUAAGAUCUGAAAUUGAUGAAUGCACACAAAUUGUCAAUAAAAUCAGCACAUAUAAACAAACUCUUGAUGAUGAUAUGAAAAGUUGGAAAUCAAUAUUUUCAAUGAUUAAUUUUAUUUUGGUUCUUAGAGAAUCCAAAAAAUAUUUAGACGAACACAUAGGCAUUGAUAUAGAUUGGAAAAUUAUUGAAGAUUUUGUUGGUGCCUUUAAACCAUUGAUAGAUUGGGAAUUGGAAAUGCAUUCGGGGCAGUAUAUAUUCGGGGAUUUCUAUCGAGACUGGUUGUGUUGUGAACUUAAGUUGUUAGAAAUUGCUGUGAAAAAUCCUUAUGCAUCGAAAUUGCUUUCGGCACUAAAAAAUCAACAGAAACCCCUUUAUGAAUGUGAUGUUUUCAUUGCAGCAUUGUUUUUAGAUCCACGUUUCAAUUUUGAUGCAUCACCAUUGUUAAGCAAAAAGCAAAGACAAGUUGCACAAGAUCAUCUGAUGAAAACAUUUGAAAGUAUUCAAAAAAUGGAGACACAUCUGAUACCUCAGGAAAAAGGCGAACCAAAUUCUAUACCAACCGUUGACGAUUUUUCAAAAAAAUCAAAUGGAAAAUAUGACAAUUUGGGAAAACAUGUACAAAAAAUGAUAUCUAUUACUCAAGCCCAUCAAUCCGUACCAAAAAGAGAUUUAAAACAAAAAUUAUCUGCAUUAUGCGAGAGAAAUAUGGAACCUAUGGACACUAAUGUUUUAGAAUAUUGGAAAAAAUAUUACAGACAUGAUAGUGAACUAUCUAAACUUGCUGCAGUUGUAUUUGCUGUUCCUGUUACGCUUGGUUUUAGUGAUUCUUUAACUGAAUCAGAAUUACAAAAAUUUCUCAAGGAUACUGAUUUAUACCAUUUUAAUUCUAAUGAACUAGAAGCUUGUAAUUUUGAUUCUGCUGAAAUUGAUGAUAUCUUAAGCAGUUAAAUAUUAAAUUUGAUAAAAUUAUAAAACAAAAACUCACACAU